AUGGGAAGAAAAGUAGCUAAAAAGAUUCCACCAACAUUUAAGUAUUUAGGGUUUGAAGAAGUCGGUUAUUUGAGCGUCGGUAGGGCUUCAUCGAAAGACCAGACCAGAUCUUUAAAUUCAAAAGGAGGCAUUUACAUGUUUCACCCAAAUGUAAGCGCUUCACAUUUGAAGUUUCAUUACAACUUUGACUCGAGCACUUUUAUUCUAGAGAAUCUCUCUAGAUACGUUGUUUUUGUUUGCAAGGAUAAGACAGUGAUUCGUUGUGCACCUAAGAAGAGGAUACUUACGAAUAACGGUGAUACAAUUGCCAUAACGUUCCACAGGGAGAUUAUAGAUAAUUGGAGAUCGAUGGUCUAUGAUGAAUUUCUUAAAAAAUGUGAGAUUAGAAUACAGGUUUUUGGUGACUUUAGUAAAGAGAUUUAUGCUUUUAUUAACUACAAUUUACCGAAAAGAGAGAUUAGUAACGAGGUUGAAAUGUUUGAUUACGUAUGUGAAAGCACUCCUAAAGCUCUACUGCCUCAUGAUACAAGAGAAACUUCGACGAAGAUACUUGCAAUAAUUUCUGAUAAGGAAAAAUAUGUUAUUGAUGAGACAACAGAGGAAGAAAACGAUGUUUACGAAGCUGAAGAGCAAAACGGGGAUAGAAUUAAGCAUAAGGACCAAAAAGAAGGAGAAGAAAAAGAAGACAGAUUUGAAGAGACUAGAUAUGAUGAAGAUGAAGAUUUCUUUUAUUGGAAGACCCUUUCCGAUGAGGAAGUUUUAUCUGACUCAAUUUCAGCAGCAUCAACCAUUGAGCUUGCAGAAAAUUACGCCGAUAAUUUGGAUCUGAUAGCAUUUGAUGUUUGUAGCUCUAAUGAGAUAGAGUUGGGUGGCCAAACUUUCGGAAAGAGAACAUUUGAUAAAAUAGACUACGCAGAUGACGAAGAUGACAAUCGUUUGAAGGCAUUAGAGAUGAAGCUUGAAGAAAAGGAAAGAGAAAUCAAAAAGUUAAAGGGCAAUACACCCUGUAGUAGAACUAUCAAACCAUUUUUAGCUGGUGCACUAACAGCAACUGUUGCAACUGUCAGUGCACUCUACCACAUUGGCUCCAGGAUGACCUAA